UUAAAGCUCCAGCGCAACUUCGGUAAAUCUAAUCGCGCAAUUACAAGUUUGUCAUAACUUCCUAUCCAUACAGCCACCUGGAAUUUACCAAGAUGCCAAAUUCUGACAGAGUGGUGCUAGUGCUUGGUGGUGCGGGUACUGUUGGUUCUGGAAUAGUGAAAGCGUUUCUGGACAGAGGUUUUAAAGUGGCGGUGAUCUCCAGAGAGAGUAAAAGACUGGAGAAGUUGAAAAGCUUUAUCUCACCAUCCAGCAGACAAAAUCUGGUCACACUGGUGGGGAAUGUGGGUUCAGAAGAGGGUGCAGAAGAGGUGAAGCAGGCAUUGCUGAAGGCUGUAGGAAAGGUGACAGAUGUGGUUUCCUCUCUGGGCUUCAGCUGGUGGCAGGGUGGCCUACCUCACACUCAGACUGUCAAAGAAUUGCUUUGGGUGUUGGAAACUCUGAUUCUGAGCACCUUUGUGUCAUGGAAGACCUUCUUUCCCCUGGUGAAAGAUGACCCCAGCUGCACCUACACCUUCAUGACAGGGGGAGCUGGUGAGAAGCUGUUAAUGCCAGGGACUGGGUUCCUCACUGUGGGUGCAGCCAGUGCUCUAGCAUUCUGCCAGGUUUUGAGAGAGGAGUACCCUGAUAUACCCUGCAAACUCAACCAGGUAAAGAUAAACACAGGUGUGGCCCCCCAAGACCGCAUGGGUCCUGGUUUCCUGAGUCACCUGGACCUGGGAGAGGCGGUGGCCAGGCUUGUGGAGAGAAGGAACACGUCUCAUGCUGUCUUCAACCUGAACAGCCCUGCCGACCUGAAAACCAUCCUUCUUGAGAACAACCAUCCUUCUGCCGCACCCUAACACCCUGUAAUCUACCAUACACCCAGCUCCACAAGGCUUUAUGUCAAAGCUGUUCUUAUUUUUGCUUUAUUUAGCGGAGGAAAUGCAUAGACCCUUCACUUCAAACACUCCUGAUUCUGUCCUCCCUAGCACCUCAUGUCAUGAGCCACUAAGCUCCUUAGCCACUGCAGUCCUUCAUCCAAGUGUUGUAUGUUACCCUACUUCAACUUCCCUAUACCCCUGUAUGAUGGAAUCAUGGGAAUGGAGUGUCCUGUCUACAGGACUGUCUACUGCGUUUGGUUAAACACCACUUGCACAGGCCAACUGAGGUCCUGCAUAAUAAUCUGGGUGCCAACGCUGUUCGAUGAAAGGUCAAGAUUGUGUCUAAUAGUCAACUAUGUAAGGUGGGCCAGGGAAGGCCAGUUGUGUUUCAUGCUGUAUUGGAUUUCAUCAGUAAAGUACUGCUUUGAUCUUAGUACAGAAACUAAAUAUAAAUCUAUCCCCACCAUUUUACCCAAACUCUGGGUUAUUGUGUGGUCAAUUAUAGCAGAUACCUUGUUCUUGGCCCACCCACUCAUUUACAUCCUGUUUGUAUAGUUGCUAUUCCUGUACAAUGGCUUUUAAUUUUUUCAAUAAAGUACACUUACAGAGAGAGAGACAAA